GUUGCAUGUAAAAUCUCAUGUUAUAUAUUCUUCAAUAAGUUCUGUCAUAUAAAUGAGCGAAUGGUGGAUGGAUGUUUCUUGUAAAAUAUUCGCAGGAUUAUAUAUGGUGCUUUGCAAUACGUAAUAUUAAUUAAUAGCAACCGAAGUGUGAUAUUCGUUGUGCGUGACAUCCACACUGAUCCACACUUUGGAAUCCAAAGUGCGUAGUUCAUCGUUUCCUUGCAAACAUCCAUUCGCAAAAUUUAUUAUUUCUAUACAGAAUAAUAAUAACAUUGCGUCAGGGAACGUUAAAAAAGUUAUUCAAAUUCAUCAUUUAAACUCUGUGCAAUAAUUGAUUUGUACGUAGGCAUUCAUUUUUAUUUUGAUAAAUACCUUGCAUAUAUUAAAGCAGUCGAUAUGUCGAUUAAUAUGAAACGCUGCUAAUAUACAUCCUCUCUCGUGGUUCUAACUGGAGCAUGCACCAGCCUUUAUGGACUACUGUUGCAGCCUCUGUGUUUAUAAAUGCUGAAAGAUGCCACCAAAACAAAGGAAAAUAGCUAUUAUGGGUUACCGAUCCGUAGGCAAAUCAUCAUUGAGCAUACAGUUCGUCGAGGGACAGUUUGUGGAUUCAUAUGACCCUACUAUAGAAAAUACGUUUACGAAAAGUACUCGAGUAAAUAGCCAAGAUUAUGAAGUUAAGUUGGUAGAUACAGCAGGUCAAGAUGAAUAUAGUAUAUUUCCUACACAGUAUUCCAUGGAUAUCCAUGGUUAUGUCUUGGUAUAUAGUAUAACCAGUGCUAAGAGUUUUGAAGUUGUACAAAUUAUUUAUGACAAGUUAUUGGAUAUAACGGGGAAAGUCCAUGUCCCUAUCGUGUUAGUAGGAAAUAAGACGGAUUUAUAUGUAGAUCGAAUGAUAACAACAGAACAGGGAAAAAGAUUGGCAGACUCUUGGCACGCAGCUUUCUUAGAAACAAGUGCAAAACAAAACGAGUCUGUUGCUGAUAUUUUUCAUACAUUGUUAAUUGAGAUCGAAAAAGCGGAUGGAAAUGUACAGGAAAAAUCCAAUUGCAUUAUUUCCUGAGCUAUAUUAGCUGGAAAUAUUCUAACGCAAUGUAAAUGUAUAAUAUAACUAAAUGGUGAAAUUGGCAUUAUAUAUUAAUACACACCUGAGAAAACAUGGAGUGUAACAAUAUCACAAAUAAAAAAUGACAGGUGUUAAAUGGUUAUGUCUUACUGUAUAAGUUCAACACAUAAAUAUUGUAUAUUAAAGGAUAUAUCUGGUAAUAAGUAUUUUUAUCGCUUAAUUUUGCAUUACAUUGUUUGACAGAAAAGAGAAUUCGGUACUAUCUCUUUAUUUUUAUCUUGUAAAAACAAAUAAUAAAUUCCAACGUUUUAGGAAAAAAGUUUUGUUAUUCAAACUACGUUGUUCUGUACGUUGAAAUAAACCAUUGCAUAUUA